AUGGCUGAUGGCCGGAGGUUCAAGUUUGAUGAAUUAUUUUGGUGGGAUACGACAUCCACCAAAGUUGUUCGGGAAAAUCAUGUCCCGAAGAGUCCUGUUGGUGUUGUCAUUCUCGUUGUUCAGUCGGACAAGUCGCUCGAUCUCAGCGUUGAACAAAAGAUCUUCGUUUCCUGCACUCAUGUGGACUCCAUCCCCAACCAGCAGCAGAACUACCAAUACGACGCCAAGUCCGUCCGCCGCGCCACCUGCCUCCGCCGCAUCUUCGCUUUCGUGAUCGGCCUCAUCGUCAUCUUCGGCACAGCCACCUUCAUCGUCUGGCUCAUCCUCCGCCCCCAGCUCCCCGAGUUUCGAGUCGACUCCUUGUCUAUCUCCAAUUUCACGCUCGGCAACGACUUGCUCAUCUCCUUCACCUCCGAGAUCAAGCUGACCGCCAAAAACCCUAACAAGAAGAUGAAGCUCGGCUACGAUCACAUUGAGACCGCGAUUUACUACCAAUCAUAUUCCCUCUCCGAGACCACCGUCGCGCCCUUCUAUCAAGGCACGAAGAAUGAGACCUCUCUGACGGUGAGAUUCGCUGCGGCGGGGAGUUUUCUGGAGAAGGUGGCGGUGGACGAGAUUACUGGCGAGAGAGGGAAGAAUGAUAAUGUGAAUUUCAAUUUGAGGAUGCUUUCUAGGGUUAGGUUUGAGGCCAAGGUGUGGAGGACUCGAAGGAGGUUUCUGAAGGUGUUCUGUGGGGAUCUAGUUCUUGGACUGCCGACUAGUGGGAGAUCGGAGGUGUUAACCGGCGGACCGAGGCAGUGCUGCUUUAAGGUUUGCUGUGCAACCGUAAGCAUUAGCCCUGAGUGUUUGUCUGAUUGA